AGCAAACAUUUUUUUAAAAUGCGAAUAUAAAUGACGGAAAGAUCAAGCAUUUAUUAUCGGGUUUCAGACUCUGCGUUCUCCACAAUUCCAAACCGCCAUCGUCUUGUUGUAUCAGAAUAUAUUGAAUUUGGGCAAUAAAUGAAUCAUUCUUCUCAAAGCUGCUUGCUUUCAUUAGCAAUUCUGCUGCUUUUGGCUGCCAUAUGUUCUUCCUUAGGCCAUCUUGAAAAUGGGAAUAAGAUCAAGACUUCAACUUUCCUAUCCCCUAAUUUUGUAUUGGGACCAGGAUCAGUAGAGGAUAGGUAUUACUACAAUCUUGAUUUUCCAAGAGGUCAUAUAUUUCUCAAAAGCUUUAAUGCUGAAGUAAUCGAUGAAGAUGGCAAUCCGAUUCCUCUCCAUGAAACUUACCUUCACCAUUGGGUUGUUGUGAGAUACUAUCAACCAGCGAAUGCUUCAAUUUCCGGGAACAGUCGGCCAUCAGGUCUUAUUUCUGCAGGAAAUAGUGGAAUAUGUCCUGGUGUUAGUCAGUAUUUUGGUCUUGGAUCGGAAACAAGAAAAACAGCUACGGAUGUUCCGGAUCCUUAUGGUAUAGAAGUUGGUAACCCUGCUGAAAUUCCUGUUGGGUAUGAAGAGAAAUGGGUGCUUAACAUCCAUGCUAUAGAUACAAGGGGCGUUGAAGAUAGGCUGGGGUGCGCUGAAUGCAAAUGCGAUCUUUACAAUGUUACAGUUGAUGUAUUCGGUCGUCCUUUGAGACCUGGGUACGAAGGAGGUCUGUUAUGUUGUUAUGACCAUACACAAUGUAAAGUGAGACCAGGUUUUCAGGGCUCUAGGAGAAACCUUUACCUGCGAUACACCGUGAAGUGGGUUGAUUGGGAUAGUUUAACUAUCCCUGUUAAAAUCUUUAUUUUUGAUGUUACCGAUGAUGGGAAAAGGCUUAAUCGCUCGUCAAGAACUCCUCCGCAAAGUGGUUGUCGGGUUGAGUAUGAAGUUAAAGGCUGCAGAAACACUAAUGCAGGUGUUGAUGAAUGCCUUGAUGUGAGAAGGACAAAUGUGAUCAUGCCAAUUGGUGGUCAUGUCAUAUACGGUGUUGCUCACCAGCACACUGGGGGAGUUGGUUCAACUCUCUACGGACAGGAUGGACGUGUUAUAUGCACAUCUGUACCCACCUAUGGAGAAGGAAAAGAAGCAGGGAACGAGGCUGGUUACAUUGUAGGAAUGUCGACAUGCUAUCCAAAACCGGGCUCUGUCAAGAUUGAUGACGGAGAGAAAUUAAUGUUGGAAUCAAAUUAUAGCAGUACUCAAACUCACACUGGAGUUAUGGGGCUCUUCUACAUUCUGGUUGCAGAUCAAAUACCAGAACCUGAGACUAUCUUACAAACCAAUCAUGCUCAUGUAAGUUGGAGGUUUUUACAGCAGUUUAACUGUUUGCUUUCAUUAGCAAUACUACUGCUGCUUUCGGCUCCGAUAUCUUCUUCCUCAAGUCAUCUUGAAAAUGGGAAGAUCAUGACUGCUACUUACCUUACCCCUAAAAUUGUAUUGGAACCAGGAUCAGUAGCGGAUAAGUGGUUCUACAAUCUUGAUUUUCCAAGAGGUCAUAUAUUCGUCAAAAGCUUUAAUGCUGAAGUAAUCGAUGAGUCCGGAAAUCCAAUGCCACUCUACGAAACUUACCUUCACCACUGGGUUGUUUCGAGAUAUUAUAAACCAAAAAAUGCUUCAAUUACAGAGAACAAUAGCCUAUCAGAUCUUAUUUCUGCAGGAAAUAGUGGAAUAUGCCAAGGUGAUUCUAAUAGUCAGUAUUUUGGUGUUGGAUCAGAAACAAGAAAAACAGAUACACAUGUUCCAGAUCCUUAUGGUAUAGAAGUUGGUAAUCCUGCUGAAAUUCCUGCCGAGUAUGAAGAGACAUGGGCGCUUAACGUUCAUGUUAUCGAUACACGGGGAGUUGAAGAUAAGUUGGGAUGCACGGAAUGCAAAUGUGAGCUUUACAAUGUUACAGUUGAUGCAUUUGGUCGUCCCUUGAGGCCUGAAUAUAAGGGAGGUUUGUUAUGUUGCCAUGACCAAACACAAUGUAGAUUGAGACAAGGUUUUCAGGGCUCCAUGAGAACCUAUUACCUGCGCUAUACUGUGAAGUGGGUUGAUUGGGAUAGAUCAGUUAUUCCUGUUAAAAUCUUUAUAUUUGAUGUUACUGAUACUGGCAAAAGAGUUAAUGGCUCAUCAGAAAUUGGCUGUCAGGUAAAUAUGAAAAACAAACAUUUUUGUUUAGAAACAAUGUCAUAAUGUAGACAUUCUAAUGGAUGAAUGCAGGUUGAGUAUGAUGUUCAAGGCUGCAGAAACACUGAUACAGAAUGCGUUGAUGUGAAAAGGACAAACGUUAUCAUGCCGACUGGUGGUUAUGUCAUAUACGGUGUUGUCCACCAGCAUGCUGGGGCCAUUGGUUCAACUCUCUACGGACAGGAUGGACGUGUUAUAUGCACAUCAUUACCAAUUUAUGGAGAAGGGAAAGAAGCAGGAAAUGAGGCUGGUUACCUUGUAGGAACGUCGACCUGUUAUCCUAAACCGGGCUCUGUCAGGAUUGGUGACGGAGAGAAAUUAAUGUUGGAAUCAAAUUAUAGCAGUACUCAAAUGCAAACUGGAGUUAUGGGGAUAUUCUACAUUUUGGUUGCAGAUCAUGAUCAUAUAGACGGAGAGGCGAAAUUAUCCAUUGAUUAUUCUUGGACUUGGACAGCAGGAGUAGUAGUAGCUCUGGUGGGACUUGCAAUCAUUGUCGCUAUGAGGCAAUUCGGGCAUAAAAUGGAUCCUGUUAGUUUCAAUCAGCUGCAACCACAGGGAAUCAUCUAAUUCUUGAUUUUAGUUGCUGCCAUAAAGAUUCAAUUGCUUGCCAAUUGUAGACUACAAAUGUAGUGCUAUUAAUUUGUGUGACACACCAUCCAGUAUCAGAAAAUUAAAACAGAAUUUAAAAUGUUUAAAGCACAGAUCAUUCACCAUGA